AUGGAACAAUGUCCGCAUGCGGUAGAAUUAGAGCUUGAAUACGACGUCGUUAAGUUCGAAUCCGUCGCUUUCAGUAGCGAGCUCACCGCCUCUUCACAGGCAAGCAUCAAACUUUGCUGCUGCAGUGUAAUUAAGAUAAAAGCCACUGAUCUGAUAACAGCUAAGAGCCAAAUGGAAAGCCCCAACAAUGGCGGUAUACCAGAGGACCUGUUACUCGAGAUUCUUUUACGGUUAACCGUAAAAGACUUAUUGCGAUUCAAGUCCGUCUGCAAGCGCUGGUACUCUAUUAUCCGAAAUCCCGAUUUUGUAAACCAACACUUUACCCACAAAAGCAAUCAAGAAUACCUUCUCAUUCGUCACUACAGAUAUGACUUGGAGCAGUACGCGUUUGCCAUGUAUCUCGAUGAAAAUUUUUCAAAAUACGAAGAGCCCGAUAAUCUUCAGCUUCCCUUCACUGUCUCGGCUCUAAUGGGUCCCAUAAACGGCGUAUUUUGGGCAGCCGGAAUAUCGGGCCACAUGGCGCUCUUGAACCCUGCCACGAGACAGUUUAAGCCGAUCUCAUUGCUUUUGCCUGAUAUCCCGCCUUAUUUAUCUCUUUAUGACCAUUUGUUCGGGUUCGGUCUCGACUCAAGAAGUGGCGAUUACAAGGUUAUCUCGAUUCAGUACUAUUGGAAUGGGGAGACUGAUAUGGCUCACCAUCCGUGUAUAAUAUCUGUUUACACCUCGUCUAGUGAUUCUUGGAAGCAUUUUGAAGACUCGGGUUUGGUUAAUUCGAGCCGCUGUGUGUAUAGGUCUUUAUGCAACACUUACCUGAAAGGUUCUUACUAUUGGAUAAUGGAUAAUGACAAGGAUGUUGCUAUUCUUGCUUUCGAUGUAAAAAACGAGAGCUUUAGGGAAAUACGAGUUCCUGAUUGUAUCAAGACUAAAGAAGGGGACCUUUCUUUGUACGGUGAUUCGUUAGCUCUGCUGACGUGUGAUUUGGAUAAUGAUAUUAGGUGGCCGCUCGGUUUCUGGAAGGAAAACGAGCUUUUGAUCGAAACUGAAAAUUCUGUGUUGACUAUGUAUGAUGUGAGUGCUCGGAAAUCGAGGACAGUGGAGAAUCGGAGGAAAGAGAAUGGGUUUUUCAUUUAUUGGGUGUUUUCUUAUAAGGAAAGCCUCGUGUCGAUUGAAGGAGAAGGGGAAGGUGAUUGUCACGCAGAAGUCUACCGCAAAAAUGGUGAUGGACUCGUGAAUUGCACACUGCAAAUAAUUUGUAUUAUCUUGAGGAAAUUAGACAUAGUGAAUGUCAGGGAGAGGGAGGCAAAUCUGCAGUCAUUUUGA